AUGACAGAUCAAUGGAGAUUUAGCCAGUGUUUUGGCGAUAAAACAGACAUUGGGGAUAUUACAGAAGCAGAUAUUAUAUCUACAACAGAAUUUGAUUCAACCGGAGAUUAUCUAGCUACAGGUGAUAAAGGAGGUAGAAUUGUAUUGUUUGAAAGAAAUCGAAGUAAGAAAUUAUCGUGUGAAUAUAAAUUUUAUACAGAAUUUCAGAGUCAUGAUGCUGAAUUUGACUACCUUAAAUCGUUAGAAAUCGAAGAGAAAAUAAACAAGAUAAAAUGGUUAAAAAGUGGUAAUGAUUCAUUAUAUUUAUUAUCAACAAAUGAUAAAACUAUAAAAUUAUGGAAAAUUCAAGAAAGGCAAAUUAAAUUAGUUUCUGAAAAUAAUCUUAAUGGUUUAAACCAUUUUCCUCAUAGUAAUGGUAAUGGUUCGAUAAACAUAUCAAAUUUAAAAUUACCACAAUUGCAAUUACAUGAUAAAUUAAUAUCAGCUCAACCUAAAAAGAUAUAUUCAAAUGCUCAUGCUUAUCAUAUAAAUUCAAUAUCAGUAAAUUCUGAUCAAGAAACUUAUUUAUCGGCAGACGAUUUGAGAAUAAAUUUAUGGAAUUUAGGUAUUGCCGAUCAAUCUUUUAAUAUAGUGGAUAUAAAACCAGGCAAUAUGGAAGAAUUAACUGAAGUUAUAACAAGUGCAGAAUUUCAUCCAUUACAAUGUAAUUUAUUUAUGUAUUCAUCAUCUAAGGGGACGAUAAAAUUAGCUGAUAUGAGAUCAAAUUCAUUAUGUGAUACUCAUGCUAAAAUAUUUGAAGAGUAUUUAGAUCCAUCUUCACAUAAUUUCUUUACUGAAAUUACAAGUUCAAUUUCUGAUGUAAAAUUUAGUCAUGAUGGUAGGUAUAUUGCAAGUAGAGAUUAUAUGACAGUUAAAUUAUGGGAUUUAGCAAUGGAGAAUAAACCAGUUAAAACUAUAAAUGUACAUGAACAUCUUAGAGAAAAAUUAUGUGAUACUUAUGAAAAUGAUGCAAUUUUUGAUAAAUUUGAAGUACAAUUUAGUGGUGAUAAUAGAUCAGUGAUGACAGGUUCAUAUAGUAAUAAUUUUAUGAUUUAUCCAAAUGCAGUAGUAUCAAAUGAUCAUAAUGUUAAAACUAUAAAGAAAAAUAAUUAUAAAAGAAGAAGUAAUAAUGAUGAUGAAGAUGAUGUAAGUGAUGAAGAUGAUGAAAAUUCAGAUAAUGAAUUUCCACCAAAUAAUAAAAAUCCACCAAGUUCACAAUUGGAAGAUGAUGAAGAUCAAGAAGAAGUUAUAUUGCAAGCAGAUAAAUCAGCAUUUAAAUCUAAAAAAUCAGGUCAUCAUCCAAUGAGACGUAGAAUGAUGAGUGGAGUUGGAAGUCAAAUAGAUCAUGAUUUUGAAGAUAUGGAUUUUAAGAAAAGUAUACUUCAUUUAUCAUGGCAUCCUAAAGAAAAUUCUGUUGCAAUUGCAGCAACAAAUAACUUAUACAUUUUUUCAACUUUAUGA